UCUCUUUCACCCUCUACUCUCUCUAUCAUCAUCACCUCUACUCCUUCUACUACUCUCUCCCACUCUGUAUCAUCUCUAUCAUCAUUAUCAGAUUAAUCAGAGCUGUACAGACUGCAGAGUCAGCUAUUUAAUCUCCUUCAUGAAUUCAAAGAGAUGUAUAUGACAUCACAUGAGAUUUUAUUACAGAGUAUUUAGCAGUAUAUACUAUAAAUACAGAGAUCAAAAUGUGGUAGAGAUAGUAAGAGAGAAGUAGAGAUAGUGAAAGUGAUAGAAGAGACUGUAGAGUAGUAGAGAUAAUGAUGGUGAUAGAGAGGCUAGAGAGUGGAAAAGGUGAUAGAGAGGGGUGAUAGAGGUGGUAGAAGUGAGAGAAGUGAUAGAGAUGAUGAGAUAGAUACUCUUAAUCUUUAUUUUAUACUGCUUAUAAAAAGUAAGAUACUUAGUUGAUUUCUAUUUAUAUCUUAAUGAUCUCAAAUACAAAAUUAUACAGUAUUUGAGAUAUCAUAGAGAAUCUGUAAUUGAAUAACCAAUUAAUAUGAAAUAGAAGAUAUUGUUCUUCAGUAUUCAUGAGAUUCUGAUAGUAAGUUAAUAUUAUCUUUAUUCUGAACAUCUGUUGAUCUUUGAAUCAUUAUGUCAAGAUAAUGCAAUUGAUGCUGAAUUUCUUUGCAAUCUCAGCAUAUUUAGAAAUCAAUUGUUGAUUCAAUUGAGUGAUUGCUUGCUCUAUAAUCACUUCAUUGAGUGGCAUGGUGAGUGGUAGCAGUUCGUUGAGUGGAUGAGUUCGUUGGGUGGUGAGUCACGUUAUAGGCUGCCGUAGUUGCCUAAAGCAGAAUAGGCGGCGAUAAGUUACCUAGGACGGCUGCCCGCGUACAUCAAAGGCAACAUCAAUAUGUCUUACGAACAUCCGUCUUGACAGAUUCCCUAUUUAUAUCCCGACCAACUCCCUUGUCGACUUGAACCUAUUCUAGAAUCAACAUUACUAUCCGUGAACUCUCGAAGGUUUUACCAUGGCAGGAAAUCCAAAUGCGCCAGCAACGGCCAAGGCCUUUGUACCUCUUGAAAACAACCCAGAAGUGAUGUCACACCUCAUCCAUCAGCUAGGUGUCUCACCCGCUCUUGGCUUCACCGAUAUCUACAGCAUCGAUGACCCCGAUCUCAUCGCCUUCGUGCCCCGCCCCUCCCAUGCUAUCCUCCUUGUCUUCCCAGUCACCAAAGCCUACGAAGCCGCGCGCAUCGCAGAGGACACAGAUAGACCUGUAUACGAAGGUUGCGGUCCCAACGAACCUGUAACCUGGUUCAAACAAACGAUCCGCAACGCCUGCGGGCUAAUCGGACUCCUACAUGCAAUCAGUAACGGUGCUGCAAAGGCUCAUAUCACACCUGGCUCAGAUCUGGAUCAACUGCUGCGAGAUGCGGAGCCGCUGAAGCCUGCUGAGAGAGCUGAUUUACUAUAUGCAAGCAAGUCCUUGGAGAGCGCACAUGCCGAGGCGGCGAAGAAAGGGGAUACUGCAGCUCCGGACGCGGAUGAGAAGAUAGAUUUGCAUUUUGUAUGCUUCGUGAAAGGAAAUGAUGGACAUUUAUGGGAACUGGAUGGGCGGAGAACGGGACCAUUGGACCGUGGCGCUUUGGGCGAGGACGAGGAUGUAUUGAGUGAGAAGGGCUUGCAGUUGGGCGUUCGCCAGCUGUUGAAGAAGGAGGCAGAGGCUGGGGGUGAUGUGAGGUUUAGCUUGGUUAGUUUGGGGCCGGUUUUCGAUUGAUUAAUCUUUCGAUCGACUAGUUGUACGGCACGGCAAGAGACGUCUCUCUUGCUACCUUUUUUAGCCUAUAAAUGUAGGUUUCUUUUAUGAUUGUUGAUGAUAAGAUAUAUGCUUGUACUUUAUACCCUUGAAACGUUCAUACAGCUUGACUAAUGGAUUCAAUCAGACAUACUUGUAGGUAUUUCUGCACUGGGUGUAGAAUUGACGAUUUGAAACCGGUAUUUUAAACUGUGGGAUCGCUCAAAACAGUGUGUACAUCAGUGACUGGGAGCCUAGACAGACUUGACACUAGGAGAAGUUGGCCAGAGGAAAAUUCCAUACUGAUGGUCCGGAUGGAUUUCUGAUUAUUCCCUUCGAAGACCCUCCUCCGCUAAUUUCAGUAACUUCACAUGUCGACUCAGGCACAGACAAGGUUAGCAUUCUUGAACACAAGACAGGGUGCUCCAACCGCGCCGCCAACUCCCUUGGAAAUUGUGGGCCAAGGAUAAUCGCUCUAAGGGGUUGGUUCUAAAUAUAUUACUUAUUUGGCUAGGGCCGAUUAGUCGUCGCCAUUUCACUGCUAUUGACUACACUACUGAUUGAUCAGUAGUAAAAGCAGUUUCAGAAGUGACUGAGAAGAUAAUGAUAAAGUUCUUACACAAUAAGAUCUAUAUUAACUAUGAAAUGCUGUGUGAAAUUCUGACUAAUAAUGAUACAAAUCCUGUGAGAGAAGUGAUGAGGCAUUUCAUGUAGCGUACGCCGCUACGUAGGGUCAGAUAUAAGGGUAAAAACACGUCUGAUUGUCUAAAAGAUGGGAGAUGGGCGUACACCCCUAUAUGUACAGUGAUUGUUUAUAGAGAUUAACUCUCAUAGAAGGAGUGAUCGCAUAUGAAGGGAAGAACAGAGGCUCUGUAGAGAAGAUAGGAGCAGAAGCUUCAGAAAACAGCAAGAGAUGAAACAGAAGCUAGAGUUGAAUAGAAGAUUGACUUGAAUAGAGGGUGGAAGCACAUCACAGUCUCUCUAUCUGAAAGAAUGUGUUCGCCGAGAAGAAAAAAUGACAUUGAAAGAAGGUGACAGAUAUUGCAGACACUAGGCUCAAAGAGAUGAACAAUAGAAUUGCUUUGUUCAUAACAAAGAGUGAUCAGAUGUAAGAAUUGUUUCUUUAUAUAAAAAAUAAAAGAUGUAAGAAUAGCUUGAAAAGAAA